AGUCACCAUCACAACAGUCACCACCCAGCACAAUCACCCGAUCACAGUCACCUGACUUCUAAUUGCACGCACCUGCUGUCACCAAUCAACACCACUAUAUACACUCACACUGCCAUUCCCCACAUUGUCCGGUCUACCGUUCACUAUAUGGACAGCUCUGGACUCUCUACGAUCACGACUUACCUCUAUGCUUACCAGUUGGAUCCCUCGCCGAUUCUCCCUCGAAGCCUUUGAUCCUCGAUCCGAACUUUUUGAAAAGGCAAUAGAUGAUCGCCAGAGGAACAUAUCAGCUGUUGUAUGUAUCAGGCUGAUGGAAUACUGAUACAAUUCAAAUACCCAGAUGGGAGACUUCUGAAGAGGAGAUUCAAUGUCUCAGCCAUUUCAGAUUAAUUUCACUUAUCUACCCAUUUAUUGAAGAAAGAUUAUCACUUUUUUUCAAUUACAGACAAUGUAUUUUGCUUCUGACACAGGACCUAGUUGCAUUUGCUGGUGUUGAUGACAAGUGAGGUUUUCGCAGUUCAGUUGCCACUCUCACCAACUCCGAUAUAUAGCAAUCUAACAGGCACCUUAGAAGAUCAUGGCAUAGCUGGACCUUCCACUCUUUAUGUGUUGUGGUUGUCUGUGGAUGAGGUACAGGGCAAAGACUUACUCGCACUACAAGAAAUGGACAACGGUGAAGUACUUCAUUGCCUGCAGCCCAGCUGGAAGUAUCACAUUCCUAUCAAAGGGUUGGGGUGGCAGAGCAUCUGAUGUAAAGAUUGUCAGAGAAUCAGGAUUUAUAUCCCCACUGUACCACCAACCUGGAGAUCAGAUCUUGGCUGAUCGGGGAUUUACCCUUCAAGAGGACUUUGCACUGUUAGGUGCCAGCCUAAUUACACCAGCGUUCACAAAAGGGAAGAAACAACUGUCAGGGAGAGAAGUUGAGGAAUCCAGAGUGAAAUCCAACGUUCGAAUACAUAUUGGUAAGUUUACCAGAAGAAGACAUCAUGUAUGAUUCAGUUAAAUGGUUAUUAAUUAUACUGUAUAUAAGGAACAACAUUUCAGUAAACGGUGCAAUAUUAUAUGGCAACCAAAACAAAGUAAAACAAAGUAUAUAUUUUGAUGUUACAUAAAUUCAUUUCUCUAAGAGAUUUUCUUCCUAGCCCCGGUCGUGUUAAUUUCACAAACAAGCAGAUGGUGUUAUCUUGGUGCUUUUGCUUGUAGAGCGUGUGAUCGGCGUCUUGAAGAACAGGUAUCACAUCCUCGAUGGCCCACUUCCUGUGCAGUUCGUCAAGUCCCUGAAGGAUGAAAUUGAAGACAAAGAGUGUGAGGUUGCUGCUAUUUGUGAUUUAUGAUCAACAGUCAAAAUGAGGACCACUUACACGGGGCAGCUUUUCCUCAUGUCUCUCUACUUUACAGUGCUUCACACACUCCCUGCUCCUGUCAACUUUACAAUAUUGUCUCACAACUUCAAGCACAUUUUACAGUGGAGCCCUGGAAUAAAUUCUUCUCCACAGACCGUUUUCAAUGUAAAUCGAAGCUGUUCUUACAGAAAACCUCAACGUCUGCGACUGAACAUUAGAAAUACGACAGUAGAUGUCUCUGAAACAUUUAAAGACAUCUAUGCAUUCUGCACAUUCUUUCUUUGGGCAUCGAUUGACAACAUGACAUCUUCGAUAGUUAAUAAAAGCAUUACACCAUAUGAAGACACAAUUAUAGGUCCACCCAUUAUAUUUCUGUCUGGCUGUGGACACUGUCUGAAUAUCAGCAUCUCUCUACCCAGUGAAUCAAGGAAAGUAGAUCAACUGCAUCCGUUUUAUAAUUCUGUGUCCUUCAAUAUAAGUUGGAAGAAAGCUGGACAGAAUGAGGCCAACCAGAUCUCUACAUCAAGUAAACAGUAUGUCCUGCAGAAUCUUCAGCCUGGUAAUCAGUACUGUGUUAAAGUACUUCCGCAAAUCAAUUCCAACCACAACACUCAACCAUCUGCUUGGCAGUGUGAAUACACUAGUAAAGAGGAGCCAAGAGGAAUGCUCUAUUUAAUGAGUUGGUCACUGGGAGCAACAAUGUCAGGUUUAGGUGUGCUGGUGCUUGCUUUGAGUCUGGUUUACACUGGAUCUAUAUGUAAACCCAAGACCCCUCUUCCUAAAUCACUGUCUUUUUUCCUCAUUCAGGGUAACAUCACUGAAGUGUACUAUCUGAAUCCUGAACAGACAUUACCUGAGAGUGUAUCACAGUUAAUCAGUGCAUCUAAAAAUCAUCCCACCGAAAACAACAACCCACUGAAUGCAGAGGAAGAUCCAGAAAGCAAGCAAAAUGAAGACGAGGAAAACUAUGUCAACAAGGCAGAUACAGAGGAUGAGGAAGAAGAUGAAGACAACUGCAACUACAUGGAUUGUGUAACUGACAGCAGUGGUUGGGAAACUAAUAAUAGUGAAGAGAAGGCUAUAGUUUCAAUUUUGAAUCUCCAUACCAGUUCAGUCAUCUACCAUACAAAAGAAGUAGCCAUGGAACAAAUCCAUCACGAUGAAUUUGAUUGUAAAAAGCAAUUUGUAUUAGACAUGUCUGAAGAUAGAAGCAGCCAUCUUGAAGUCAAAAUUGCUGAGUUAGAAUCAAAGGGGAAUCAAGAUGGUAUAGUGGAUGUCUCGGGGAACAUCAACUUGUUUUCAGUCACUUUGAGGGCUCUGAGACCAGAGAAUGAUUUGGAUGAGGAGGAGGUCUGUAAACCUUUGCUACCCAAAUUAGUGGAAAGUGGAGUUCAAGAAUUAUCGACAUCUCACAUCAGUCUACUGGAGAGACAGAACAGAAACCAACAGCUUUGUGCGCCCACACAGAAAGAAAUGAAAACAGAUGAUCCACUGCAAGUGGAAAGCCAAGAUCUCCUUUUUCUAUGUUCUUCUGAUUUGGACAUGAGGACUGAGCAUGACACAAUGUCAGGAUAUGUGGUGACCCAUACAGGAAAAAUGCAUGAACAAAACAGGUCCUUGUCAGAGGGGACAGACUGUGAUACAGACUAUAUAUAUCACGGUAAAGACAACAAUAUUUAUUUAAAGACAUGUUGAACAUGUUCACAAUAAAAAUGUUUAUAAAAUGUUCAUAAUAAAAAUGAUAAAGUGUAAAAUAAAAUGUGAAAAGUU